AUGAUUAAAGAUUUCGGUCUUCCCACUGGUGAAAUAUGCGUGGACAAAUUUUGUGAACUGAGUAACUUGGUUUCGUGCGUUCAAUGCGGUGACCUUGAUCACGCUAGAAAAUGGCUGCUAGGAAACAAGGAACGACUAGGGAGCUUGGCUUCCCAGCUGGAAUUUUCCCUCAUUAAACUCGAUUUUCUCCUUGCCGUACAACAAAAAUCCCCCGACCUGGGCGCUAUACUUGGGCUCGCUCGCCAAUUGGCUCCCUUUGCGGCUACCUACUCAUCGGAUUUCGAACGACUGAUGGGUUGUCUUGUGUUUCUCGGGCGCGACCUAGUAGAUACACCUUAUUCAGAAUUUUCUUUCCCCUCUUCGGCGCAAAAACCUGUCGACGGAUGUUCCUACUCUGUUCCCGAACUUUGUAUGGAUGAUGACUGUGAAGAUUUCAAUCAAUCUACUGCAGAAUCAUCCUCUGCACCUCCCGAUGAUAAUGUUAAACACAGUGACGUCCUCGUUCAGGUUGCCGAUCUUUUCCGUGCUUGCUAUUGCCAGCAAUUUAAUCUAUCUAAUGUGGAUCCUUUGUGCACCGUCUUCAAUUCUGGAUGCCAUCUUCUUAGCAAGCCACACAAUCUGCAACGAGCUAUUUCAUGUUUGAAUAAAUAUACUAAUAUUGAUGGGGAUACUCUUCCGGUUGCUGUUGAAAUGGAUCCCGUUGCACAUCGCCACAAUAUCUUUCAUUGCCCUGUGAUCAAGGAGGUUUCCACGUCGUCUAACGGCCCUGUUCGUUUGUCCUGUGGCCACGCCGUAUCUCGGGAUGCAUUCGAGUCCUUACCAAGCGGUGAUCACAGGUAA